GAGAGAGAGAGAACAAACUAAAGGCUUGGCAUUGACCUUGACUGUCUCGGGAGAGUGGAAGGAAGCAGAGAGAGAGAGAGAGACGAAGGUUGCGAGGUUUCAGGUGUAGAGGGGAAUGCGACCUAUUUGAAGGGAUCCAGAUCUACUUGCAGUUUCCCACUCUCUGCUUCUCCGGCGGAAGAAGCAAAGAGAAGAGAGAAGAGAGAGAGGCGAUGCAAACCCAGAGAGGGGAGUUUUGGGCUGCCUGCGGCGUUUCACAGAGGGGGAAUAGAGUAUAGGCGCAGCGACCUACUUGAACAAGGCAAUUUGAUAAUAGCAACAAGUAAAAGAAAGGCACGAACUUUGUGAACUGAUCUUCCGCCAUGGAUGCGUACGAGGCGACCAAAAUCGUAUUUUCGAGGAUACAGAGUAUAGAUCCAGAAAACGCGGCGAAGAUCAUGGGGCUUCUGUUAAUUCAAGACCAUGGCGAGAAGGAGAUGAUCCGCUUGGCUUUUGGCCCCGAAUCGCUUCUCCAAUCCGUCGUUUCCAACGCCCUGAAAGAUCUUGGCUUUCUUCCUCCGCCAUCCUCAUCCGCCGCCAUGCCGGCGUCUCCUGCGCUACCUGCACCGACGGCUAACCCCUUCCACCUCGUUGGGCAGAACUCUGCUUCCCGCCUUCUCGUUCGCCCGGCGCCCCUUGUAGUCUCAUCGCCUUCCUCAUGGGCUCCAUCCUCCCCCUUCUCCCGAUCAGGUGACGAAAUCCACUCCGGAGGUGACGAGCUCAUCGACGAAAUACACCUCCACGACCAGCUUUCAUUCUUGAACGAACCUGUAGCAUCCGGUGGUGACGAGCUCUUCUCUUACGGGAUGGGGUGGGGUUCUCCGGUGUCAAACGGUGGAAAUCAACGCCGAAACUGCUCUAUUUCCGACCUAUGCUUUGGUUCUGACCCGACAGGACUUGGUUGGAAGCCUUGCCUAUACUUUGCGAGGGGGUACUGCAAAAACGGAAGUAGUUGCCGCUUUCUCCACGGCCUCGCCGACGAGGCGAAAAUGGAUGUGGCGAUCGAGCAGGAGUUGCUGUUGCGUUCAAAAAGCCAGCGACUUAUGGCAUCUGCUGCGAGCGCGUUUCCUUACUCUCCUACUGGGUCUUCUUUACCGCAGUCGCCAUCCGGGAAUGGUAAAUGCAUGAGCUUUCUCUUGCAGCAACAGCAGAGUGAGAGCCAAAGGGCGGCAGUUGCUGCAGCAGCAGCGGCGGCGCUGAUGCUUGGAGGGGAUGACCCGCAUAAGUUCAUGGGAAGGCCAAGGAUGGAAAGGAGUGAUUUUUCUGGCAUGAUGAACCCUAGUUCAAGGCAGAUCUACUUGACCUUCCCUGCGGACAGUACUUUUCGGGAGGAAGACGUCUCAAACUACUUCAGCAUCUAUGGACCUGUGCAGGACGUGCGCAUCCCAUACCAGCAGAAGAGAAUGUUUGGGUUCGUCACCUUCGUUUACCCCGAGACUGUGAAGUUGAUCCUCGCCAAAGGCAACCCUCAUUUCGUCUGUGACGCCCGAGUUCUCGUCAAGCCGUAUAAGGAGAAGGGAAAAGUCCCCGACAAGUACAGGAAGCCAGUUGAUAGGGGGGAUUUCUCCGGUUGUAACACUCCAUCUAGUCUAGAUUCCAGAGAUCCCUUUGACCUGCAGCAGCUCGGAGCGAGAAUGCUUUAUGCUGGGAGCAACCAGGAUGCUAUGCUUAGAAGAAAACUAGAGGAGCAUCACGAGCUUCAACAAGCCAUCGAGUUACAGCAGCGUCGGUUCAUGGGACUUCAGCUCCUUGACUUCAAGCGGAACUCGGCCAUCUCCACCUCAGCAGUUGCUGUUUCUACUUCAUCACCAUUUCCGAUCACAAAUGUUCUUUCAACAACCACUUCAGAAGGAGAUAAAAGCCUAAGGACUGGGUCUGGCGCUGCUACUGCCGUUUCUCGUGCAGACCAGGAAGAGAUAGAGACAAAGACGAGUCCCAAAGAAGAUGGUGACUACGAAGAAAGCAGCGUGGAGCACAAUCUUCCUGACAGCCCAUUCGCUUCACCGACCAAGUCCGCCUUUGCCGAUUCUUUCUCAAGAACCUCAGAGGCUGAAGCUGGUGCAGCAGCCUCUGCUUCUUCUGCUCUCCUUGCUUCCACCCUGCUGCCUGCCACUUCUACUCUUGAGAACAUGGCCUCCUUUAAAUCUUGCUUCUUUCAGAUGCCGAGGCUCUCAUCCGGUCCCGGUGCAGUUGGUCUAUGAAGGGCUGCCACUCUCAACCUCAACCAAAGAAAGAAAAAAAAAACUGGCACAAAUUUGAAAAGAGAGUAGUUGGCAAGUUUCAGAAUUGUCGAAGAUUAUAGUUCCCCCAUGUUCAGUGUUUUUUUUUUAAUCUUUCUUUUCAAAGUUUUUACUUUUAUAGCAUUUACUUCGGAGUGACAAGCCAUGCUAGAGAAGGUCCCUUCUCUUCUGCUUAAGGAAAAUUGGAGAGAAGUUGGAAUGAUCAAGCCAGCAAGCAAGCGAUGAGUCGAUCAAUCAAAGGCUUUCUUCUUCUUCAUAUCAUACGGCUCUGAUGCCAUUAGAUGUAGUGCAGUAACAACAGAAUACGCAGUACAGAAAUCCACAUAGAACAAGAAACAGAACAGUGGCGAAGAGAUUAUGCGAGCUUUAAAAGGAAAAGAGAGAGUGAGAGAGAGAGAGAGGUCAAGGCUUAGCCUAAUAAAGAGUGCAGAGAAGACAAAAAUAGCCGCAGAGUUUAUAUAUGUAGAACACAGCAUCUCUCAAUCUCUGUCUCUUGCCUCUUUUAACUUUGUGGUCUCUUCCUAUUAUGUUCUCAUUUGAUCUUUUGCAUUUCCACUGGAGGAAUUAAAAUCCACCAAAUGGUAAGAUGAAAAAUUAUAUAAAAA